AUGGAGUCCAAACCUUUCCCUACCAAGCAGAUGUUGAUUCUGGCCAUCUGCCGAAUCUGCGAACCAAUUGCUUUCAUGGGAAUCUUUCCCUACGUCUAUUUCAUGGUGAAGGACUUUCAGAUGACCGACGAUAACAGCAAGAUAUCCCUUUACGCUGGUAUGAUCACAGCAGCUUUUACGUUUGCUGAGUUCUCGACAGGACUCUUAUGGGGUCGACUCAGUGACAGGAUUGGUCGCAAACCGGUUUUACUAACUGGAAUGAUGGGUACCGCAAUAAGCGUCUUGGUAUUCGGAUUCUCGUCCAACCUCUAUGUCGCAUUGGCGGCACGCGCGAUUGGUGGACUCCUGAAUGGCAAUAUGGGCGUCCUCCAGUCUACCAUCGCCGAAGUAAUCACGGAUAAGGCUCAUCAACCACGGGCUUACACGAUCAUGCCGGUCGUUUGGUGCAUUGGAUCGAUCGUCGGACCGAUGAUUGGAGGUGCACUUGCGAAGCCCGUCGAAAGCUAUCCUAGUCUAUUUGCACAGGGAACGGUCUGGGAUAGUUAUCCUUACCUCCUGCCCAACCUUUUCAGUGCCUUGAUCUGUAUCGUUGGCGUAGUGAAUGGCAUCUUGUUCUUGGAGGAAACACAUUCUACCAAGAAGCACGACCGGGAUCGCGGACUCGACGGACUCAAACACGAUGAGUGGUCAUCCGAGUGUCAACCACUUUUAGAUGAACAACUUCCAGGCUAUCGGACAACAGAGAACUCGCCAGAGAAUUCCCCUCGCCUACCCACAACCCAUGCUGUCGACGAGCCACGAGAGCUACUGGACCUGGACGCGGGGCUGCAACGCGACUCGAAGAUCUUCACUCGACCUGUGAUACUCAAUGUUGCCGCCUUCGGUAUUUUGGCCUUUCACACAAUGACUUAUGAUUCGUUAUUUCCGACCUUUCUGAGCACUCCGCAUGUUGAGAAACCAACGGUUCAACUACCUUUCAAAUUCGCUGAUGGACUCGCAAUGCCACAACAAGAGGUUGGCAUCAUCCUUAGCGUGCAGGGCAUAUACGCACUGCUUCUCAACGUGCUAGUUGUGCCAUGGGCCAUAAGCCGGUUCGGACCACUGCGUCUCUUUCGCUUCUUGGCAGUGGGAUAUUUUCUGCUAUAUCUCAUUACGCCUUACAUCGUACUUCUUCCGACGGAAUCUCUCCGGACUGCUGGUAUAUACGUACUCCUGAUCUGGAAAUGCACAUUUGCGAACAUGUCUUACCCCAGCAACGCCAUACUUACAGCCAACCAUGCUCCGAGCAAACAUGUUCUCGGCAACAUCAACGGCGUAGCAGCAUCGACAGCAAGUCUCAGCCGUGGGUUUGCUCCAAUAAUUGGUGGCAUGCUCUAUUCCGUGGGCCUCGAAACAGGAUACUCGGGCUUGGCCUGGUGGUGUAGUGCUCUCGUGGCUGUGGCCGGAGCUGUUGUCGCCUUGCGCAUUCCAGAAGCGCCUGCUAUGUGCGAAAAGAGCCAAGAUGACAUCGAAGCGCAAGCUUCUUAA